AGAAGAAACAAGAACUCAGCCCAGUGUUUUGUGCAGAGAGCAGACUGUAUGUAGUGUGGAAUUUUUGUAGGUAGUGUAUGUGGUGUGGGGAGGUAGGAGUAUGGGGAAGGCAGGAAGAUGAGGAGAAGUGGUCUAGAUCGCUGCAUUAAAUCCUGUGAAUUUAACACGCCAGCCGCCUGCCUACUGCUCCUACUCUUGUGUCUAUACUUACUUAUAUCAAAUGGUCUGACCGCAGUUGCUCAUGCUCAGCAGUGCUCAUGCUCGCUGCUCAGAGGUCAGAGGCAGGUCCGAUCCCAGAAUCAGCUCUCGCUACACUACUACUACAGUGCACGUGAUGAAUAUUAAUUAUCUAUUAGCCUGCGCCACAGAUCUACUACGGUUCAACUCUAAGUCAGAGUAACUGCAGAUUGAGUUU